AUUUCUACAGAAAGUUAACCAACGACCCAAGACGUAACAAUAUACAUACACCUCUUCCUUCUCACAAGUAUUAGGAAGAAUCGCUUGGGAAAUGCCAACAUAACUUCCGCUUUCGCUGCAAGUAAUUGCACUUUGUGAUUGGUGAUUUUGUGGACCAAUAGUAAAAGAUGUAUGCUGCACGUACCUUUACGAAUUGCCAAGAGUGACGUUAUUAGGGUGAAGAUAAUACGAGAAAGAAGAAUUAGUCAUGGUACGAUUAAAAGUUGUUUACAUUACCUUUACACUAAAUAAAAGUUAGAAGAUUGGCAGAACAUUGUGUGUAACAUACAAAAUAUUGAGAUCGUUAUUUGAAUGUUUUGUGUUAAAUUAGAUAUUAUUCACGGAACUAAAAGAUUUGGACUUUUUUGCUUAGAAGUUGAGUAAAACUUGCAGUAAUGCCGAGAGAAUAGAUGCAAAUCGGGUAAAAACAACAUUAAAUACGUGGAAUAAGCCAUUCCCUAAACAAAGUUGAAACAUGGAGAGAGUGUAUUUUUCUGAGACCAACAUUAGCAAUGAUACAGAAACAAUGAAACGAUUGCAACUUGCAACAGAUGAAGAGAGGGCUGAAUGGAAAAAGAUGAAUCAGAAUUAUGUAAAAGUAGGAGAUUUUUUGGUUGGUGUAACACCAGGAGAUUUUUAUGAAGGUAAACAUGGAUAUAUUGUAGAAAUGGGCAAUGGGUUGAACUUUGAAAUCAUGCUAAAAACUUUUCUAAAUUCUUUUUGUAAUGUGGAUCUUUACGUUGAUGGGAAAAUGGUAGCUUGUCUUCAGUUAAAGCCUCACCAGAGAGUGAAUAUAGAUGGACCUCAAGAUUCAGACAAUAAGUUUGUGUUUCUGCGUGCUAAAGAUGCACCUGUGGAGGCAGGGAUAACAUUUGGUUUGGAAGACAAUGGUAUUAUUGAAGCUGUUUUCAUCCCACAAAAACUUGGCAUCCAAGAACGUGUGUCAGUUUCCACCAUUUCUGUUGAAGAAGAUGAAUGUGCUCUCAACAACCAGUUGCUGAGCAUUCUAGACAAUGUUCUUGGUCAUCCAGAGGUUUUAGGAGAAGCAGGUAAUGCUGCAGAAACCUUUCAUGGUGAUGAUGAAAGGGGAAUAUCUCGGUCAGUUGAAGAUAAUUGGUGUUCAGGAGCAGUUGCUCUUCAAGGCAAGCAGUCAAAAAAACAGAAAGAAAAAGCUACAGACAUAGAAACUGAUGAGAACAAAAAGACAAUUAUAUAUAUUCGUCUUGUAACUAAGGAAGAUGAUGAUCCUGUUAAACUUGAUCCAGCAAAACCAAUUAUUCCAUUAGCAUCAAAAAAACCACCACCUUUAUUUUGAAGAAACUCAGGAGCUUAAACAUUGAUAAAAAUUAUGUUUGAAUUAUUCAUUUUAAACUAUAUAUGUUUUUAUUUCAUAUGCCAUUUGAAGUGAUUUUAUUCACUUAUUUUAUUUUAUUCACUUUUGUUUAAAAUAUUCUAUCCUCUUAAUAACAUUACAAGGUAUCUCUGUUAAUGAAAAUUUUAAAUUCAAAAAUAAAGGAAAAAUAAUAAUGUUAUGUUAUGCAUAAUAAUAGUGGCUUCUGACAUAUCUUCAAAAAAAAUGUUGUAGAGAUAAGGAUAUAACCUCUUGUUUUUGUCAUAAAUAUAGAUGUAUAAUUAAUUACAAUUUCUUUUUUUACUAUGGCAUUGUAGGUGUAUAACUCAAAAUAUAAUUAUAAAAGAGAAAUUUUGUUAAAGAAGUGAAAAUUUAUAAUAUGAAAUGUUUGUAUGACUCCUAUAUUUCUAGACGUAUUUGAAUGUUUUUUGCAUUGUGGCUUUUGCAUCCUAUUUUUCAGAAACACUACUCAGUCUCCAUAGAACUGGUAGCUAUUACGUCACACCACUAUUAUGCAAUCUGCAGAGCACAGAUAGCCCAUUGUGUAGCUUUGUGCUUAACGUACGAGUGAAUGUAAAGAAAAAUAUGUCAACUACACUACAUGUGCCAUAUGCAGGACGCCGAGGUCUUGCCAAAUAUCAGGGAUCGUCAUAACACUUGAGAUAUGAAAGACGUAGUGGUAUUCUAGGUGCUAUUUAUAUCAUCAGUUUUCAUGAACGUCUCAUAUCGUGUGAACUACAUUAAGUAGGAUAAUUGUAAUUGUUUUUAAUUCUAUUUAAAUAAUUUACAAAUCGGGUUUUUGAUUAAGGAUUAAUAACAAAUUUAUCUAUUUUGUUUUUAACGCCUGCUAUAUAUCUUUUAUUCUUUUUAUUAUUUUUUUAUCUGAACUAACUUUACUUUCAUUCAGAAAAACCGACAAACCAGCAAACUUGUCUCGUUGCUGGAGCUGGUCUAGCAACCACAGCGUCAACGGGAUAACUAGCUUAGAAAUUCUAAGAAAUUAUAAGUGAAAGGUAAAGAAGAAUAGCAUAAAUCAACCACCCUACAUCUGCUAUAUCCAGUGACAACAAGGCCCUUAGCCAAAAGCCGGGCUCGUCAAGCCGAUUAGGAUAUUAUAAGAUUCUGAAAGUUGUUUUUUAACAUAUUAAUGCAAAAACAAUUCAACAACCAUACGCAUUGACAAAUGGUUCUUUAAUGAGUAAGAAUAUUAACUUGUGAAAAAAGGAAAAAACUCGAAAGAUACACACCAGAUACAACUAGGUAGUAAAUCCUAAAACUCUUAAACUUCGUAAUAAAAACUAUGAAUACGGUAGUAUAAAUAUAUCUGUAAUGAGUUAAAAAAGGCUUUUUAAUUUCUUGAUAAAGCCCAGUAAUUCUAUCCAUUGAUGUAAGUUUUUAGAGAACAGUUUGGUGGAAAACAUUUAUUAAAUACAGAAAAACAA